CCAUGGGGGAUAGAAGUGUUGUUGAGUUUUGGUGGUGCUGAUUCCGUGCAGUCAGCCGGUAGCACAUGAUUGCAGGACACCAAAGGACUCGGUUCUCCUUUUGGAGCUGUUUGUGCAAUCUACUGAUAUCUCUCACCUUCAUCUCUGAAGCUUAAAAUAACUGGCAAAAAUAUAUUUCAUGUCUCCAGAGAAUGUGAUUGUGUUUUCACUUUAGGAUCGCUGCUCAGAAUUGUGCUGUUUUUCAUCAGGAAUGGAAAACCUCACGCCAGAACAAUGGCGCGAGAUUAUGAACAAGAAGAUGCAGUUCCCUCCGGGGCUCAUCAGUGCCAUUCAGGAAGGGAAAAUAGAGCUGCUGUGUGGACUGUUGAAGACAGGUGAUGGCAUCAUCCGCCAGCUGGAUGAGUCUGAGGAUCGCCAGUGGAGGGAGGCCCUCAACCUGGCCAUCCGCCUGGGCAGCGAGGACAGCAUGGACGCCCUCCUGCGGGGGGUCAAGUUUGACUUCCGGCAGAUUCACGAGGCCCUGCUAGUCGCUGUGGACACCAACCAGCCCAGAGUGGUGAAGCGUCUGCUGGACCGCCUGGACCAGGAGAAAGGCAACAAGAUGGACGUGCGCUCCUUCUCUCAGGCCAUCUUUGACCACUCUAUUGACAACUCACAGUUUGCCCCUGGUGUGACUCCUCUGACCUUAGCCUGCCAGAAAGACCUGUAUGAUAUAGUCACCAUGCUCACCCAAAAAGGUCACGUCAUCCCAUGGCCACAUAAGAUAUCCUGUGCCUGUCUGGAGUGUCGUAACGGCCGGCAAUACGACCUGCUGAAGUUCUCCUUGUCUCGUAUCAACACCUACCGUGGCAUCGCCAGCCGUGCCUACCUGUCCAUCACCUCUGAGGAUGCCAUGCUCAGAGCUUUCAGUCUCAGCAGAGAGCUCCGCAAGCUCUCACAAAAAGAGCCAGAGUUCAAGCCUCAGUACCUGGGCCUGGAGCAGCUUUGUCAGGAUUUUGCCGUUGAGUUGCUGGGCAUGUGUCGCAACCAGAGCGAGGUGACCACUAUCCUGAACAGCUGUGGAGACGAGAGCCAGGAUUACUUAGAGCAGCAGGCCUUUGAGGAGGGAAUACCCAACCUGUCUCGUCUGAGGCUUGCUGUCAACUACAACCAGAAGGAGUUUGUGGCCCACCCAAUCUGCCAGCAGGUGCUGUCAUCUAUCUGGUGUGGGAAGCUGGCAGGCUGGAGAGGCAGCAAGACGGCCUGGAAGCUGUUUGUCUCUGUGGGGAUCUUUCUCACCAUGCCCCUCCUCUGCCUCGUCUACUGGCUCGCACCCAAGUCAAAGGUAGGAAAGAUACUGAAGAUCCCUGUGAUCAAGUUUCUCCUCCACUCAGCCUCCUAUCUGUGGUUUCUCAUCACGUUACUUGGAGAAUCAAUAACAAUGGAGAUGUAUCGAGACAAAUUUGCUUCCCGGCAGCAGAACCUCCUGCACAGCUCCUUCCACAUGGUGUGGGUGGUCGGAUUCUUCUGGUAUGAGUGCAAGGAGGUGUGGAUCGAGGGGCUGCGGAGUUACUUCCUGGACUGGUGGAACUGCUUGGACGUGGUGGUGCUCAGCAUGUACCUGGCGUCCUUUGCGUUACGUGUGCUUAUCGUGCUCAAAGGUUACUUCCUCUGCCAUGAUCAUAACGGCGUGGAUGAGUGCGUCUACUUCACUCAGACUGUGCGUGAGGACUGGCAUCAGGAGGACCCCCAGCUGAUUUCGGAGGUGCUGUUUGCAGUGACCAGCAUGUUGAGCUUCACGCGGCUGGCGUACAUCCUGCCAGCCCAUGAGUCUCUGGGAACUCUGCAGAUCUCCAUAGGGAAGAUGAUUGAUGAUAUGAUGAGAUUUAUGUUCAUAUUGAUGAUCAUUGGAACAGCCUUCCUCUGUGGCAUCAACAAUGUCUAUGUUCCAUAUGUCAUCUCUCCACAGCUUGGCAGGUUUAAUGAGACGUUCCGCUUCUUAUUCUGGACCAUGUUUGGCGUGGUCAACCAGGACUACGUGGACAUGCCACAGUUUGUGUUGGCAGAGUUUGUAGGAAGGAUUCUGUAUGGCAUCUUCACGCUCGUCAUCGUCAUCGUCCUGCUCAACAUGCUUAUUGCUAUGAUCACCAACUCCUUUCAGAAAAUUGAGGAUGAUGCAGAUGUUGAGUGGAAAUUUGCCAGGUCAAAGCUGUACCUCAGUUACUUCAGAGAGGGCCUCACCAUGCCUGUGCCCUUCAACAUCAUCCCCUCACCAAAAGCUGUCUUUUACAUCUUAAGGGGUAUCUUUAGACGAAUCUUCUGCUGCUGCACUUGUAAUUCUGAGAAAAAAUAUCCCCCUGUAGCCUCUGUGACCAAUGGUAAGGGAUCUGAAGACAGCCAGUUACCUUACCGGCAGCAGGUGAUCAGAGCUCUGGUGCAACGCUACAUUGAGUCAGCUCGCAGGGAGUUCGAGGAGACCAAGAGGAAAGAUAUCGGUAAUAGGAUCACGGAGCUGAGCAAAGCGGUCUACAGGAUGCACAAUAAUAUGAAAGUGGUCCAGCAGCUUCAGGUGGAUGAUGGACACAUUGGAAGCCAUGCAUUGACCAAGGAUAACUCCUCCAUACUGGGGAAAUACAUCACUGGUGCCAAGAACAAUUUCAGAGGUUUUAACAGCAGACAAGAUGACAAAGAUACAUCACUUAAAGUGACACUGCACAAUGAAGAGGAAGAGGUUCAUAAAGAAAAGGUUGACUCAGAUACAAAACAGGAGUCAAAGUCAGACGCACAACUGAAUCAGGUGGGCGAAUGUGGAGCAGAGGGAUCAAAGCAGGUAACAGACUGUGAUGUGGUGAAAAUGGAGGAAGGCAGAGCUAAAGCAGAGCUGGGAGAUAAGAAGGAAAGUGAGAAUAAAAAGCAGGUGGAAGCAGACAAAAAAGAAAACACCGACACUGAAGUGAAAGAGAAGGUGGUGGCAGGGACAAGUUUUAAUAAUGUAGAAGAAAAGGUAAAAGCCAAGGCCACACAGAAGGAGGCAGAAAAAAGAAGGGAAGGGCAGAUACUUACAGGAACGAAGGCGGGUGAAAAACACACAGAGACGACCCCCGAACAAGCUAAAAGCAUCAAAGUCAGUAAUGAAAAGACAGACACAAAGAGAGUAGUAAACAAGUUCAAAGACAUAGAGCUGCAAGAAAAAACAGUGGAGGCAAGAUGGAUGAAGGGUAGAAAGUUUGAGGAUAAUGUAGCAGAGAAGCCUUGUGUCAGGGUGAGCAAUGAAGAACGCGGAGCCAAGAAAAUGAUUCCCUCGCCAACAGGCAGCAGCAGCUCCCAGGACACGGGUUUUGGUUCCCAAGAAGGGGAGGGAUCGAUUGAUGGGAUGCUAGUGAGACUGUAACCGUGGUGAUGUCCCAUUUAAAGGACCACACUGACUUUUUCAGGGUUUGGCCCUUUGGUCACCUUAUCCAAUAUCUGAUGAGAGGGUUUGUUCUAGGGCUGCACAAUUAAUGAUUAACAAUUUGGAGAUGGUGUGGGUUUUUCCAUGGCCUGUAGCUUCAUGAUUUUGGCUCUGUUACCGACAGGGCUUGGGGAUGGUGAUGUCUGUCAGCUGAUCCAUCCAAAACUUUGAUCCAAAGCAGCAUAUUUCAACAGCUACAGGCCAGAUAUCUUGAAAACUAAGCACCAGCAAAUUAAAUGUGAUGUUGUAAUUAAUAUUGCAGCCUCUUGGGGCUGCCAGCACAGCUUCUUGGCGUGUUCACAGUUUAAAAAAAAUAUUUAAGCAAAAGUUCCACAUUUUGAGAAAUAUAGUCUUGCACAUAGCCACCCGUAAAACACCAAAUUGUCAUUUUUAUACUUUUUUUGUACUGAUUAAACAAACAAGACAUAAUGUGUUAAUUAGUGAGCUUUAAAGGUGCUGCU